AUUUAAAUGCAUAUUUCGCAUUUUUAAAAAUGCCCUUAUAGUUUUAAUUGUGUGUUUUUGACAAACCUAGAGAUUUGCUCAAAAUGGAUAUAGAAGCAGCACCCUGCCCUGUUCUCUCUAGCAACAACCACAUAAUGAAUGACCGUUCGCUCUCUCUCUCUGACUCCACCCAUAUGCAGUGCUGUAUAAGUAGUGUCCUGAUCUUUCCCCUCAGUAAUUCCUCUUCAGAUUCUUCCAGGAGUUUUGACCCCUGACCUCCGAGGAUGGAUAACGCCACAUACAGCUACGUGAACGACUGCACUCCGCUCACUAACUGUAAGUCCGGCCGUAAGGCUGGCGGCUCCACGGUGGUCAACAUGAGCCAAGCGGGCAAGAAGCCACCAAACGACUACCUGGUCUGGUCACUCUGUAACACUCUUUACGUCAACUUCUGCUGCCUGGGAUUCAUGGCUCUGAUCUAUUCCAUCAAGGCUCGAGAUCAGAAGACCUUGGGCGACUUGCGUGCAGCACAGGAAUGCUCAGACAAGGCGAAGUGGUACAACAUUCUGGCAUCGGGCUGGAAUCUCUUGAUCCCGCUGCUGUUGGUGGGUCUGCUGGUCCUGCUCCUGGUUCAUCUGGGAAGCUCAGAGGGAGCGUUUGAUUUCUUCGGUGAAGAUGGAUUUCAGAGUUUCAUGAAGCUCUUCAGCAGGUAGACCGAGCGACUCAAGCAAUCCCACCACCAAAAGCUCCUGCAAACCUUCUGGACAGUUCAAGUUAUCCUCACUUUAUCAGCAUGCUAUUUUCUUUGGCUGUGUGAUGAGUUUAUUACAAUUUAGAUUUGUUUUUCAUAAUGUCAAUGUACUUUAUAUCUAUCCAACAAUUCUAUUUUAUGUUAAUUUGGCUCAACUGUAUUUAAUAAAAUAUUUAAUGUCCUCA